GCAAAAUUUUAAGAUCCUGUUGGCUUAAAGUGGCUUUUUCAAGUCUCUCCAAUAAAUGUUAAUCAAAUAUUCGGGUUCGCUGAAACAACAGAUGAAAAAGCCUGUUUAACAUUUGGCAUUUAUCAGGUGUGUAUUUACGUAGACGAUAACAGAUUCAAAACAGAAAUUCAUUCGUAGACCUGCCGCAGUCAGACAGAAUCGAACAGCUACACGGCAGAAAACUGCCAGGCGGCUGAGCGCCGCAACUUAGCCGUUAAUCUUCCAUGAAAUUUUAAUAUGGCCGAGAAGUCGAUCCAUUAACACAGAUACAAAUAUAUCAGCGCUUGGUAAUUAGUUCCUGUGUGACUGAGUCAUUUCUUUGUCGCGAGAAGUUAUUUUUUUUUUCCGAGAACAUUGUGUCGGAUCUCUGGCAAACUACGAUGAAAGCAGCUCUAGAGAAUUUUCUCAAAAAGCACGCUGACGCCUUCGUUCGAUAUCGUCGAAAGAAGCUGAUGGAAAUCGAAAACAUAAUUAAUCCAUUGUUGGAAGGAGUGAAGAAACUGGAUGAAAAAUUUGACUUUGAAAUGAUGAACUGUAAUAGCUUUUAUAUUAUCAAGUCACCCAUCCAUUACGAAGUACUAUUGAAUUUUCAUGGAGUGGAUCCUGAAGAGAUUUCUGUCGAAGACGGGCAAGCUCCAGCUGGAUUUACGCUCGUUAGGCUCUCAGGUAAGAAAAUGGUGUCGCGGUGGAAAUUCUGCAGUGGAAACAGUAAUCCCAGCAAAGUUUACUUGUCGGCUAAGACUGUCAGAGAGAAACUCUUUGAGCUUUCUAAACGAGUGAUCGCCAGUUCGUCUUACCUUGGAUUACUAGAAGCGAGGAACUUUUGUGUGGAAGUCACCGACGACGACGAAGUGAUUUCUCUGCGGGUCAGCGGACACGAUGUUGAAGCAUACAGCGUUGAUCUCCUCCCAGCAAUUCCUUGUCCAGGACGCUGGGUGUUCUCUGCGCAUGCGUGGGAAUCCAAGCAAGCUGAUUGGACGAGCAAGACUUUGAAAGAAGAGGUCAUCAAGAGUGGAUUUCACUUGGUAGCCAGGCCAUCACCUAGUAGGUCAUCGUACCAGUGGCAAAUUGAUUUUCCUGGCCCCAUGAGGAAACUGCUCGAAGUAAACAUGGGUUGUCGUAUAAAAUGCCUGCUUAUUCUUGAGAUCAUCAUGGGCGACAUGCACUCUCAACGGGACACAUGCGAUAGUUUUCAACUUGAGACUAUUGUGUUGCGUAUAACAGAACAUUAUCCAGUGAAAUCUUUUUGGAGCGAGGAAAAUUUCUCCAAGCGUUUCUUAGACACGGUAAUAGAACUGCAACGAUGUCUUUCAGAGAGAUCACUAACUCAGAUUUUUAUCCCAGCCGUUAAUUUGUUUCAGAACUUCGACAAGGUGACUUUGAAGAGGUGCGAAGAAGUAGUUCGAAGUGUUUUAGCUGACCCAGAAAAUUUCCUGAACGCGUUCCAACUGUUCCAGUAUACAACUGCUUUGUAACCCAGGAA